AUGGGCAUCACCCGGUUGCAGCCGAAGGUGGUCCUGGCCGCCUUCCUGCUGGGACUGGCUGCCUUCACCACGUCGCUCCGGGGGAUGUUCCUCAUCGUCUCCAAGGAAGGCUGCCGAGCGGUCACGGGGCAAGUGCCCGAUCAACUGCUGCGGGAGCCUUCCCGGGUGCGCCAGUCGCUGGCACAGGCCAUCUACUAUGGCCUCCCCUGGCACGGCUAUCGGCUGGCUUUGCGCCUCCGCCAGCGGUGGAAGGAGUGGAGCCACCGCUGCAGUUGCUGCGAGGGGCUGAAGCUUCUCCUAGCCUCGUUGCUGUGGAUUAUCCUGGCGCCCAUCUCCGCGCUGCUGGUGACGGUGACGAAGAUCUUGCAGGCCCUGGAGUUGAUCAGUCGGCGCACGGCGCGCUGGGCGAGCCCCACGCACGUCACGGCCAUCGGCCCUCCGACGCCCAUGAGGACGGGGUCGCAGCAGUUCGUCGCGGGCUACCCGAAGCAGUUCUCACGGAGCGCGGCGCCCGCGCUGGAGGCGUUGAAGAUGGAGCUCGCGUACGCUGCACGUUCUGACUGGGCCUUGCGGGAGCUGCCGGGCAGGGAUUCCUCGCAGGAUGGUGAUCACCAGGACGACGAUCCCUGGGGUUGGCUCCUGCUUUUACGUUCCUCUGCCACGCUCAUCUUAGUGCGACCCGCUGAGCCCCUACACGGCUUCCGAGUGGAGUUGGUGGAACCUCCUCCCGAAGAGACUUGGCGCCUCAAGGGACCCUUCACCCGCGUGGAGCUCUCCUCUGAUCAGACUACCCUCAGGUUCUUCCGCAGCAUGACGAGGGUGGAACCAUUGCACCUGCCCUGUCGAGAGGCGGCACUCGUCGCCUUCACCCUGGCGGCGGAGAACGUGUUCCGAGGCUAG